CAAAGAACAACAAAGUAUUAACUUAGCCAACGAGAUUAUCAGAAUGCUCCACAACUAACCCGGUAAAAUGUCUUUGGAGGAAACCUUUAUCUCAGUCCGUGAUGAAAAGUUAUUGUCUAACGAGUCCUGGGAACCCCAAAACGUCGAAUCCGUUUCGGAACCCUCUCUGUGGGUCACGGGCAUUGUUAUCGCAGUCGUGUAUACGCUCAUAAUCACCGUAGGUCUGAUCGGUAACAUAACUCUCAUAAGGACGCUGUGCACGGUUAAAUCUAUGAGGAAUGUCCCCAAUCUUUUCAUGUCCAGUCUCGCCUUUGGGGACGUCCUCCUGCUUGUCACCUGCGCGCCUGUUGAUGCCAGUAGAUACCUGACGGAUAAGUGGCUCUUCGGAAGAGUGGGCUGUAAACUUAUCCCCUUCAUCCAGCUCAUGUCUGUCGGGGUGUCGGUGUUCACCCUAACCGCGCUGGCAGCAGACAGAUAUAAAGCCAUUGUGAAGCCCAUGGAUAUGCCAACAUCCCAUGCCACUGCCAAGGUCUCUGUGAGAGCCUGUGCCAUCUGGAUCUUGUCCAUGGUCCUGGCUGUGCCUGAGGCCAUUUUUUCAGACCUGCAUACCUUCCAAAUCACACAAACCAAUGAAAGCUUCAGGACGUGCGCUCCAUAUCCGCUUGAAGGGGACCUGCACCCCAAAAUCCACUCCAUGGCCUCCUUCUUGAUUUUCUAUGUCAUCCCCCUCCUCAUCAUCUCUGUCUACUACUUCUUCAUCGCCAGGAGUCUGACUCAGAGUGUAAUGAACAUGUCUGUGGAGGGGAAUGUGCCAGUUAGACAGAUGGAGUCGAGGAAGCGCCUGGCUAAGACGGUGCUGGUGUUAACGGGCCUUUUCGCCCUCUGCUGGCUUCCCAGUCAUGCCAUCUACCUGUACCGCUCCUUCCAUUACUCCCAGGUGGACACCUCCACGAUCCACUUCACGGCGAGCGUUGCCGCUCGCAUCCUGGCCUUCACCAACUCCUGCGUCAACCCGUUCGCUCUCUACAUGCUGAGCAAGAGCUUUCAGAAGCAGUUCGACAAGCAGCUGUGUUGCUGUUACCCUCAUUGCUCACUGCGUGCACAAAGCACGGUGCGGAGUAACACGCGCGGGAGCUCGCUCAAGAGCACGCACGAUCACACGCUUGCCAGCUUCUCCCCCACCAGCGGCGACCACAUCUGCCUCGAGGGAUGCGUGUGAGUGGGCUAUUUUUCAGAAGGGCCCCCAUCUCUCUUUGUUUCUCCCUCUCUCUCUCGCUCCCUCUCUCUCCCUCUCUCUUUCUCCCUCUCUCCC